AUGUUUUUGCUCUCUUUGUCAAAACGCAUUGUUCCGGUCCCUAUCUUGGCCGUGGUAGUGGCCACACAACUCUUUCUUAUACGUAGUGUUUCUUCCAUGAACCAUACCAAUGCAUAUUUAUACCACAAAUGUUCCGAGAUGGAAGGGAAAUACAAGCCGAAGAGUGCGUAUGAGCAAAACCUCAACUUUCUAAUCAGUGAUAUGUAUAAAGACACGUUCGUCAGAGGAUUUGUCUACGCCAACCAUGGUGAAGAUCCCAAUACCGUCUACAUUUUGCUCCAAUGUCGCGGCGACUCAUAUGGCUCCAAGUGUGGCUCCUGCCUUUCCACCGCCACCUCCGAGCUACGUAGGAGAUGUCCAAUGAACAAGGCGGGAAUAGUAUGGUUUGAUCGAUGUCUUCUCAAGAUUUUUCCGACAGAUUUCUUCGAGAAGAUCGAUGACAAGAACAAGUUUUACAUGUACAACACGAAGAAAGUGAGCGAUCCGGCCUCCUUCAACGGGAAGACUAAGGCUCUUCUCACCGACCUAACCGCGAAAGCCACUCGUAGAUCAGACAAGUUAUUGUUGUACGAGACAGGGGAGAUGAAUCUCGGGAAUAUGAAGUUGUACGGAAUGGUGCAAUGUACACGGAACUUAUGGAUUACGGUUUGUAAAACGUGUUUGGAUAAGAUUAUUGGGGAGCUUCCUAAAUGUUGCGAUGGUAAAGAAGGAGGGAGAGUUGUGAGUGGGAGUUGUAACUUUAGGUAUGAGAUUUACCCUUUCCUUGAAAUUGUUCAAUAA